AUGAAAACUCAAACAAAAAAGAAUAAAGAAUGGUAUUUAUUUAGAAAGACUGUUUCAUAUUCAGAAGUUACCUGCAUUACGUCAUUUAACAGUUAUUUGGUUGUGUUUAGAAAAAACAAGAUAUGUGAGUUUAUUGAUACAGAACUAAAUUCAGUUAUUAAAAGAUAUUUUAUUGGAAAGGAAGUACUACAAAGUUAUCAACAGAAUGAUAAGUUAGUUUGUAGAACGGUAAAUAAUAGUGUUUUUAAUUUAAGUUUUGAUUUAAAUUCAAUAAGUUGUGUAAUAAUCGAUGAAUAUAAAGACGAACAUAAUGAAGUUAUUCUAGUUACGUUAAUAUCACAUUACAAUUCUAAUUCUUCUAUUAAAAUCAAUUAUUUCGUUAAUAACAAGAAUAUUAUAAGAUUUGAUAAUAAUGAAGUUGUUUAUAGAAGUUUAGAAGUAAUUAAUUUUAUUAAAAUUACAGAAGAUUGUAUUUUCAUAGGAACAGAACUUAAUUCUCUUAAAGUAUUUACAUCUAAUUUAGAGAUAAUAUCAGAAUGUGUUUUAGAUGGUAAAAUUACAUCAAUUAAUUGUUAUAAUAAAGGGGUGAUUAUAUCACUUGAAAAUGGUAUGCUCUUAAAUUAUGAUUAUCUUAAUGAUAUUGUUUUAAAUUCAACUACAGUAAGAAAUACUUCUAUUAUUUGUUUGAUUUCUAAUGAAUUUAUUUAUUGUAGUGGUAAAGAUUCUAGGAUUAUAGUUUAUUCUUUAAAUGAUUUGAGUAAGAUUUCUCAAACUACCGUACAUACAUCUGAAGUAAACUCACUUUAUAAUUUAAAUGGAAAUAUCUAUACUGGUGGUUUAGAUUCAUUUAUUGCAAAAAAUAUUUUUAUUAAUCAAUCAUUUAAACAUCUUAAAAUUUAUGAAUCAAGUUGUUUUACUGGAACAUUUGAUUUAAAUAAUGAAGAGUAUUUCUAUAUUUUGAAUGGUGAUAAUUUGUGUGUAUAUAAGUAUGAUGGUGAAACUAUUAAUAUACAAAAUGAUAUUGUUCAUGAGGAUGGUAUAGUUGAAAAUAAUACAAAGAUUGAUUGGGAUAAGCCUGUAGAAAAAUUGAUAUGUCAAAAAAGUUUAUCAGAAGAUUUUAUCAAUGAUGUGUUGUUCUAUAAGGAAUAUUUUAUUUAUACGAAUAAAAAACAAACUAUUGUUUAUAAGAUUGAUAAUAAUUUUGAUUUUGACAUUUUGACAAUAAUAGAUGAAAAUAUUAUUUCAAUGAAUAUCAAAGAAAAUAAUUUUUUUUAUUUAACUAAUAAAUGUUUAAAAAUGAUGGAUUUGAAAACAUUAGAGAAGUUAGAGUAUUCUUUGGAAAUUAACACACCUUUUAUUGACUAUAAAAUUUUAAUAAACAACUCAUUUAUUUUUAUAAAUGGGAUAAAUUACCUAUUAAAAUUAGAAAAUAACUUAUUUAAAGAAAUUAUUGAUUUUCCUAAUAAGAUAAAUGAUUGUUUAAUGAUUGGUGAUUCAAUUAUUAUUUUAUAUGAUAAUAAAAUUGAAAGAAUAUUUUUGGAAACAAAAGAAAGAAACGUUAAAAAUAUUGAUUUACCUGUAAAGUAUCUAUAUAAUGAUAUUUAUGGAUAUGAUACUAAAUUUGUAUGUAAUUUAGAAAAUAAUAAGAUGUAUAGACUAGAACCUGUUAUUCAUGGAAUCUAUAAUUAUAAGAAUUCAUUUAUUAUAAUUCAAUCGUUUUGGGAGGAUGUUAAAAGGUGUUGUUUUGAACCAGGAAUCUUCAGAGAAAAGUAUUCAAAUAAAUAA